UAACUCUUAAACCCAGGCGGUCUGGAGGGGAGGAGGACACAGUUCCUGCACCCAGGACGCCUGUCCUCCUCCGUCCAAGUGAAGGGACACAGUUAUAUCCUGAGACUUUGCUGGAAAGCUUCUUGCAGGUUAGUGACUUUGAGUCGGUUUGCGAGGGGCCAGGGGGACUGCAGGGAGGACACCUGAGACCAGGUGCUAGAACGUGGGCAGGAGGAGGAAGGCAGAAGGUUCUGGAAGAAGCAUCCGUCCUGCUGUGGACUGCCCCAGACCAGAUUCUCCGCUGUGCCCAGCUGCUCUCCCCUGCAGCCCCAGAUCUGCCCCCUGUCCCAGGUUGGAGCCCAGCAGUCAUGCCGGACACACCAGUGGAGGAAUCCCUUUUCCAAAUCAUCCACUGCUACCACCAGUAUGCAGCCCGCGAAGGGGACGUGGAGACCCUGACCCUGGAGGAGCUGAGGGCCCUGCUCACGGACAACGUGCCCCGCUUCAUGGAGACUUUGGGUCGGAAGGAGCCGUACUACAUCGCGGAGUUGUUCCGGGCAGCAGACAAGAACAAGGACAACCAGGUCUGCUUUGAAGAGUUCCUGUACAUCCUGGGCCAGCUGGCGAAGGAUUACCACCUGCAGUACCACCGGCAGCUGUGUGCCCACCACUGUGCCCAGCAGAGCCUCUACUAGGGCCGCUGGAGCCUGCUUCCAGGAGGAGCGUGACCUGGCUACGGGGCCCGGCGGAGAACUCGGCUGUGUGUGCAGCUCACUCUUGUGCAGCCUCACACUCAUUUGGGGUAUUAGUCUCUUCAUGGUUCUGGGUACCAUUCAUGGAUGGGAGAUUCAACUUCUGCCUUCAAGAGGCCCCUGUCUGAUGGAGGAGGCACAGCCCCGGAGCCCACGUGUUCUUGUUUAAGUGGGGACACACCCGGCCCUCGGCUCUCAGACUGUGAGAAGGAGGCUCUUCCUUUGGGCAGUUGACCCUCUAAUAGGAAGCCGUGCCUCCCCAGUCAUGUUCCUGACGACUGUCUCCCUGGACAGAGGGGCAGAAGGAGAGCCACGUGGGCAGAAGUACACUGGACAUUGUUUUUGAAGGUGUCCCUGCUCAGA